UUCAUAGAGAUGAUAUUGCCUUUUUGAUUUUUUUCGCGACAAAAAGCCAAUCGUUCGACCACUCAAAAGUCGACUUAUGUAUCCCUGCUUUGGGAAAAGAUAAUUUUAAUUCGGAAGAAGCUAUAAGUGGAGGAACGGAAUUGCAAUAUUUCGAAAUUUGUAACAUCAACUAAACACCUAUUUGGAUAUUGUUAAUAAUUAAUUUCUGCAUGUUAACAUAAAUUCAAGUCCCUCGAAAAUUGCGAAAAAGGGCAGCACAAAUCAUUGUAAAAAAUCUACACGGAAAUACGGACAGCAAAAAGAAAAGAAAAUCAACAACAACAUCAUCACCGUCAAUCACUGCAGACGACGACAACGAUACAACACACAGGUCUUGGAAAAUUUGGCACCCAUCGACGGGUUUCGACAACAACAAUAUAUCACUUUGUACACUAUUCAUCUGGAUUACAAAUUGAAGUUCAAAGAUGAUUAAGUUAUUUUCCCUUAAACAACAGAAAAAAGAAGGCGAUCAAACUGGCCGUAGUGGAGCUCAGCAAAAGAAAGCAUCUGCUGCCCAGUUGCGCAUACAAAAAGACAUAAAUGAACUUACCCUGCCAAAAACAUGUGCUAUGGAAUUUCCCGAUCCCGAUGAUUUGCUCAACUUCAAAUUGAUUAUUUGUCCCGAUGAAGGUUUUUACAAAGGUGGACGAUUUGUGUUUAAUUUCCGUGUUGGCCCCAACUAUCCACAUGAAGCACCAAAGGUUAAGUGUGAAACGCAAGUCUACCACCCCAACAUUGAUCUCGAAGGCAAUGUGUGUUUAAAUAUUCUUCGUGAAGACUGGAAUCCAGUAUUGACCAUCAGUUCUAUUGUCUACGGUUUACAGUAUUUAUUCUUGGAACCUAAUCCCGAGGAUCCAUUAAAUAAAGAAGCCGCUGAUGUUUUGCAAACAAAUCGUCGUCUAUUUGAGCAUAAUGUAUCGAAAGCAAUGCGUGGUAACUUUGUAGGAGAAACAUAUUUCGAAUGCUGCCUCAAGUGAUAUAGAAAAACAAAAGUGUUUACUUUAAGAAAUGGCGUCUACCUGUUGGCCAUUUUAUUGGGAAUUGGUGGACGCUUUUAUAUUAAUUUAAUAUUUCAAAACAAUUAAAGCAACCAACUCUUAUUACUCACAACAAGCAUCCCGCCCGUUUCAUUUCCAACAAUAAAAAUGCUUAUAAUAAAAUGCAACUCCCCCUUUAUUACUUAAACUUAAAAGUUUCAAUUUUGUUAAUUGUCCAUUUAUCAUGUAGCGAUUUAAUUUAAAAAAUUCUUUAAGAAUCUGCUCCUUUCGUCUUGUAAUAGAAAAAAAUGCACUUUGUUUUAAACAUAAUUAUGAAAAUUUAUUUGAACUUAUUUUUGUUUUAUAAAUGAGAUCUUUGGAGAAUUGGAAAAUUAAAUUGUAACGAAAUUUCGUCAAAACAGCAUAAUAUUAGAACGAAAACAACUCAUUAAUGUAACGUUAAAAAAACAAAAACAUAUUUAUAACUCAGUAGAUAUUUCGCAAAAUAAAAAAAAAGAAUUAUGAACAUAUAA